AUGGACAGUAUAUCUCAGGUAAUCCACGACUGUGAGACGUGUGCUGCCAUCAAACAGGCCAAGCGGGUAAAGCCCCUGUGGUACGGUGGGCGGUGGUCCAAGUACAGAUAUGGGGAGGCCUGGCAGAUUGACUACAUCACACUGCCCCAGACACGCCACGGCAAGCGUUAUGUGCUCACAAUGGUAGAAGCCACCACAGGAUGGUUGGAAACCUAUCCUGUGCCUCAUGCUACGGCCCGUAACACCAUCCUAGGCCUUGAAAAGCAAAUUCUUUGGAGGCAUGGUACCCCUGAGAGGAUUGAGUCCGACAAUGGAACUCAUUUCAAGAACAGCCUUAUCAACACUUGGGCUAGGGAACAUGGCAUUGAGUGGGUGUACCAUAUUCCCUACCAUGCACCAGCUGCAGGAAAAGUAGAGAGGGACCAGGUUGUACAUGGUGGAUAAUGCAGAGAGAUGGAAGAACACGAUGUGUACCUCAGGGAGAUCUGAUUGUGGGGUGAGAACUAUGUAUAAAUAUCACUGUUUGCUGAAUACUGCUGCCAUUGUCUGUGUAUAGUUGUAUAUUAGAUGUAUAAUGUAUCUAUUUAUAGGGUUUGAAUAUAUAUAUUAG